AUGGACCUUCGCAUUCCCCUCCGAGAGGCAAAUUUGCCACCAUCAUCAGCGUCUACGCUUGCUGAUCACCAGCUUCGACGUGCAAGGGACAAAUUCUACGAGGGCUUGCACGUUCUCCUGGCGACUGUGCCUAAGGCGGACAAGUUAACUGUCCUUGGUGACUUCAACACCCGCGUCGGCACAGACCAUGCUGUCUGGAGAGGAAUGCUGGGUCCCCAUGGUCUCAACGACUCCAAUGAUAAUGACCUGCUCUCUCCACGAACCUGCGCAGAACACCGUAUCACCCUAACCAACACCUCCUUCCGCCUUCCUAAGACGGAGGAGGUGACCUGGAUGACCCUCGGUCGCGACAACGGCAUCUGCAGACUCUGUCCUCGUUCGAAGGCGAGACCAUCGGGACGUGCUGGUGACAAUGACAAUCCUGGGUGCCGGCGGGCUGACCGACCAUCGCCUCGUCCUGUCCAAGAUGAGGAUCCGCCUACUGACACGCAGGAGACCUCAAUGAAAGCGACCCCCAGGUAAAAUGAAUAUUGCUUUGUUGUCUUUGCCUGCCCACCAUCUGCAUUUCAGUAAAGAGUUGGAUCAAAGACUGGCCAACCUUCCAGUCGUCCCCGCCGCCGACGAAGAGAAAGCCACCGUGAAGAACCGAUGGGGCCAGUUGAGGUGCACGAUCCAGUCAACCGUCCCGGCUGUCCUCGGUCGCGCACGCCGUCAACAUCAGGAUUGGUUUAACGACAACGACGCCGACAUCAGCAACCUAUUCGCCGAAAAAGAAUCAUCUGCACAAGACCUACGCCAAAAGCAGCUUUCUGUCGUAGUUGCCAUCUUGUGCAAAAGCGGCUGCGGGAGAUGCAGGACGCCUGGACGGCUCGCAAGGCUCAGGAGAUCCAAGGUUACACUGACAGCAACAAAUGAAAGAACUUAUUCGCCGCGAUCGAGGUUGCCUACGGUAACACAGCUAGUGGAACCGCCCUCUUCUCAGCGCCGACGGCAGUACCCUACUCACUGA